ACUCCAGACUUCCACUGAGCCCUUGGAUUGCAAAACUGAGACCUGCGAGCGACAAGCACAUUCAGUGGCUCCUGGGGGCAGAUGGUGACGUCUGGGUCUGGAUCAUGGGAGAAGGCCCCGGCGACAAGCCCUAUGAAGAGAUCUCCGAGGAGCUCAUUGCCGAGAGAGCACGGCUGCAGGCACAGAGGGAGGCCGAGGAGCUCUGGAGACAGAAGGAGGCAGAAAUCACCAAGAAGUUUCGGGAUGCUCUGGCCAAUGAGAAAGCCCGGAUCCUGGCAGAGAAGUGGAAAGUAGAGAUGGAGGACCGGAAGGCUGCCAAAGUCCUGGAGGAACGCAUCCGUGAGGAGUUCAAGGGGAGCCAGGGUGUGGGGCAUCUGUGUGUGGCCACCAUCCCUAGCUCCCAGGCUACUGGCGCCCAUCUCCCAGGCUACUUUGGCCAUUGGUUGGUACUGAGAGCUUUAUAAGAAUAGAAAUCUCACAUGUCUGAGUGGGGAGGAAUGUGACACCCCAUUUGGGCCAAUCCACUUCUCACUGGACAGAUGAGGAAACGGUAUUAGACAGAGGAAGGGACUUGCCAAGGACGUCGUGUAGGGGGGGACAGAAGCAGGAUCAGAACUCAGACCUUCUGCCUUCCAACCCAAGGGGCAUGAAAAGGGGCCCAGAAAGUGCUGAGCUUGUGGUCAGACCAGCCUGGGAUCCAGUUCCAAUUCUCUUGGUUAGUCCUGUGUGAACUUGGGAAGCUUGUGAACUUCUCUGAGCCUUCACUUUCUUGUUCAUAAUAGUAAGGUAAUAACAACACCCAACUUGAGAUUUUUGGAGGAUUCAAGGAGGUGAAAAAUGCACAUUUUCUGGCCUUGGACAGGGGGUUGUUGGGAACCUUGCAUACCUACUCUUUCUGGGAAAGUUCAGAGCUCGUAAAGGAGCUUUACAUUGCUCUCGGGUAAGAAGUUUAGGUUGCCUAAAGAAAACUUUUUUUCUGGUCCCUAUUUUGCAAUUUUUUUUUCUACCUGAAUAAUACAUUUUUGGGGGGGAGGUAGAAAACUCAGAAAAUACAUAUAAGUGAAAAGAAGACAAUAAUAAUCAUGCUGAAUCACAGCAAUUAUUAUUAUUCAUGGCAUUUACACAUUUAUACUUUUUAAUAAUAUUUUUUCCUAUAAUGAUUAGACAAUGAGGACAGUGGCCUCAAGAUCAUUUAUGCUGCAAAUAUUUUUCUCAGAGGAUUUUUUUUUUUUUUUUGAGAGAGAGAACAGGGGGAGGGGC